UCUCUCUCUCUCUCUCUCUCUCUCUUCUUGAUUGUCCUUCCUUUAUUUAGCACCAACAUUUCCAAGUUUCUUCGCAAAUUUUGUUCAAAUACCAAACCUUCAUUGCCCACAACUUUGUUGAGGAUUUUCCUUGCAUACUUGUUCUAGAGAAGCCACCCCACUCACCCACCCCACCUACAACAUCAAAAUAUCAAAAGAAAAUAACCCCUUUAGUUCUCCUGUCUUGCCAUCCUCAAUGGACACCAACGAGCUGAUGCGUGUUUUUCAAAUGUUUGAUAGAAAUGGAGAUGGUAGGAUCACGAAAAAGGAGCUUAACGAUUCCUUAGAGAAGAUGGGAAUCUUUAUCCCGGACCCUGAGUUGACUCAGAUGAUAGAAAAAAUCGACGUAAAUGGAGAUGGAUGCGUCGACAUUGAUGAAUUUGGUGUACUGUACCAAACCAUCAUGGACGAGCGCGAUGAGGAAGAGGACAUGCGAGAGGCGUUCAAUGUUUUUGAUCAAAACGGUGAUGGGUUUAUCACCGUUGAUGAGCUGAAGUCGGUCUUGGCAUCACUGGGGCUCAAUCAAGGGAGAACCACUGAGGAUUGCAAGAAGAUGAUAAAGAAGGUGGAUGUCGAUGGUGAUGGUAUGGUGGAUUUUCACGAGUUCAAGCAAAUGAUGAGAGGCGGUGGAUACGCUGCACUGACUUGAUAUUAAUGGAAUUCCUUUUUCAGUGGUUCCGUCAUGUUAGAUUAGACAGUAUUGAAUAGUAUAUACUGUCGAGUUCUAGUUCUGUCCGAUAUUGCAGAGGGGAUGCGCACUAUAUAUUUUCUAUUAUUGCAUGGUGGAUGCCGAUGAAGCUCAGGUCGAAUUACCAUUCAUUUGCAUGGAAGCAAAUGGGAGAGGAAGAGGUUUAGGGAACGUAUUGUUUGUAGUACAUGCGUUCAUGUUCUUUAUUAUUUUUAUUAUUAUUA